AUGGCAACACCAAAACUUGCGUUAUUUUGGCUCCUCCUGCAACUCCUGGCCCUUGCUUUCUCUUUCUUUCCUCAGGCUUGCACCGCUCGAAGCAUAAACAAGCCUUGUGGAUUCACUUUUUGUGGAAACCUUAACAUCAGUUACCCUUUUCGAUUAAAAACUCAGCCUCGUAGCUGUGGUCGUAAGAUGUUUGAGCUGGUGUGCGACAAUAACCGCACCAUUUUCCCUAUGGAACAUGGGAGUUUCCAUGUCCAACACAUCUUUUAUGAUAACCAAACUAUUCAUAUUGUAGAUGUGAAUGUGGACAGCCAUAAUAACUGCUCUAUUCCUCUAAGUUCCCUUCCAUCUGAGUUUGGAUUCGAUACAACUACUUAUGGAGAGAUGUUUGUCAUGAAUUGCAGUAUGAAGAUAAACAAGUCUUGGUGUGGGGCUAAUUACAUAAAUGCUUCUCGUUGCUCUUCCUUUCCGCCAACUAAUAAUAAUUACUUGUAUUUUUUGGAUGGAGGAACUGUACCCUCUGCUUUUCAUCCCUCUUGCACUGUUGAAGCGCUGGUUCCGAUCGGUCUUCAUAACAUCGGUGGCCUCUCUACUUUUGAUAUUUACCAAAAGCUGAUGAUGGGUGUCCCAAUUUCAUGGAGUUUUAAUCAUGACCCACAGGAUUGGAGCUCAGUUGUUAACGUACUGAAAUCCUUGUACUGGCGGCUAGUGACUGGGCUUUUUCUAUAUGUACAAAGCAUGAGGUCUCUUAUUCUCCACUCACCCUCAAACUUUAUUGUUCCACGCAGUGAAGGGAUUAUACUCGCUCGGAUACUUUUGGGGAUAUCUUGUUUAACUGUCUUUAUCAUACAUAAAUUAAAAAGAAGACAUUUGUCGGUAGAUGAUUCGAUUGAAAAUUUUCUUCAAAGUCAAAUAAAUUUUAUUCCUAUAAGAUAUUCAUAUACUGAAUUAAAGAGAAUAACAGGAGGUUUCAAGAAUAAAUUAGGUCAGGGAGGUUAUGGAACUGUGUUUAAAGGAAAACUUCGAAGUGGCAAAUUUGUUGCAGUAAAAUUACUUAAGGAAUCAAAAGGUAACGGCCAAGAUUUUAUCAAUGAAGUUGCAACUAUUGGAAGAAUUCAUCAUGUUAAUGUGGUGGAAAUUGUUGGUUUUUGCGUGGAGGGAAGAACACAAGCUCUUGUCUAUGAUUUCAUGACAAAUGGAUCUUUAGAUAAAUUUAUAUUUUCAACAGGAAGUAGCAGCUUGAGUUGGCAAAAGAUGCUUGAGAUAGCAAUUGGAGUGGGUCGAGGCAUUGAAUAUUUACAUAAUGGUUGUGCUAUGAAGAUUUUACAUUUUGACAUCAAGCCACAUAACAUUCUAUUAGAUGGAAACUUUAAUCCAAAACUUUCAGAUUUUGGCCUUGCAAAGUUGCAUUCAGUGGAUAGUAGCAUUAUUUCUCUCACAGCAGCACGAGGUACACUAGGAUAUAUGGCUCCUGAAUUGCUUUAUAAAAAUCUUGGAGGUAUCUCGUAUAAAGCUGAUAUUUAUAGCUUUGGAAUGAUGCUAAUGGAAAUUGUGGGAAGGAGGAAAAAUUUGAAUGCUUUUGCUGACAAUUCAAGUCAAAUUUAUUUUCCUUCAUGGAUUUAUCAUCAAUUUGAAUUAGGAGAGAACCUAGAGCUUGAAAACAUGACAGAAAAUGUAAACAAAAUUGUGAGGAAAAUGAUAAUUGUUGCAUUUUGGUGCAUACAGACGAAGCCCAUACAUCGUCCUACAAUGACCAAAGUUUUGAAGAUGCUUGAAAGUGAAGAAGAGCUCCUUGAAAUACCUCCCAAGUCUUUUCUAUUUUCUGUGGACAUGUCCGGUAAUGGUAAUGAUAAUGAUAAUUGAAUUAAUAUUAUGUAAUGUAAGUUAUGCAAUGUUUAGAAGGAGAAAUUGCUU